CAUAACGCUUUGACAUCUUGGAUCAGCUGUUGGUCAGGUGAACACAGAACGGCGCUAUGAAUGAAGAGCAGUGAAGAAGGGGCUACAAUAGAGAGACAGCGAAAGGAUCCGUGUCAUGAUGGUGCUCGUAUUGAUUGUCGCAGGUCUUGGGGUGGUCGCACUGCUCAUGGUUUUAUUCGCACCCCACAUUAGGAAAUACUCAGCAGGUGGAGCAUGUAUGUCUAUGACUCGGCUGGACGGGAAGACGGUCCUGAUUACUGGAGCCAACACUGGUAUUGGGAAGGAGACUGCUCUGGACCUGGCUAUCAGAGGUGCGAGGGUGAUCAUGGCGUGCAGGGAUGUGGAGAAGGGUGAGGCGGCCGCAGCAUCGAUACGACGCAUCUACUCUAAGGCAAACGUAGAGGUCCGAGAGCUAGACCUGGCUGAUACCAGCUCCAUACGGGCCUUUGCUCAACGCUUCCUCCGAGAGGUCAACCACCUCCACAUCCUGAUCAACAAUGCUGGGGUCAUGAUGUGUCCCUACAUGAAGACCAAGGACGGUUUCGAGAUGCAGCUGGGGGUCAACCACCUGGGUCACUUCCUGUUGACGUACCUCCUGAUUGGCCUGCUAAAGCGGAGCGCACCGGCCCGCAUCGUCGUGGUUUCAUCCCUGGCUCAUAACUUUGGCUGGAUCCGCUUCCAUGACCUCCUCAGUCAGGGCAGCUACAACAGCGGCCUCGCAUACUGCCAGAGCAAGCUGGCCAACGUCCUGUUUGCUAGGGAGCUGGCCCGCAGACUCAAAGGUUCCAGUGUGACGGUGAACUCUGUCCACCCGGGGUCGGUGUGUUCAGACCUGGUACGCCACUCCACCAUCAUGUCUCUGCUGUUCUCUCUGUUCUCCUUGUUCCUGAAGAGCCCUCGGGACGGGGCCCAGACAUCCAUCUACUGCGCUGUGGCAGAGGAGCUGCACUCCCUCACCGGGAAGCACUUCAGUGACUGUGCCCCGGCCUUCGUGGCACCCCAGGGGAGGAAGGAGGAGACAGCCACGAAGCUGUGGGACGCCAGCAGUGAGCUCCUGGGCAUCGUCUGGGACGACUGAUCUGAACCACCCUGAUAACACUAUCCACAGCUUGCAUCGCCAAGUGCACACUAUUCCCUUUAUAGUUCACUACUUCCGACCAGGACCCACAACCUUGUUCCCUGUCUCAAUUGCUUCCGCAUAGGAACGAGCCGGCUAGUAGACGAAAUUAGGGCCCACGGGGCUCUGGUCAAAAGUAGUGAACUAUAGAUUAGCGCUCACACUAUAUAUAAGGUGCCAUAGGUGACGCAACUAGGCUCUCUGUUCUCAAAUCAUUAUCAUUUCAUGACAUUAAUUAACCUCAAAACUACAGUUAUCCCAACGGGACUUGAGGAAUUGGGUAGGAACCAUAGAGGUUGAAAGACGCCGUAAUGGCACAGAGAUGAGUCCUCUAUCUCUAUGGUAGUAACUGUAAAAUGAGUCCUCUAUCUAUCUCUAUGGUCGUAACUGUAAGGUCAAAUGCAUUACUGUACUGUGAAGGGUCUAGUCAGGGCAUAACCAGGUCUAGCCAGGACAUAACCAGGUCUCGUCAGGGUAUAACCAGGUCUAGUCAGGGCAUAACCAGGUCUAGCCAGGGCAUAACCAGGUCUAGCCAGGACAUAACCAGGUCUAGUCAGGACAUAACCAGGUCUAGCCAGGACAUAACCAGGUCUAGCCAGGACAUAACCAGGUCUAGCCAGGACAUAACCAGGUCUAGCCAGGGCAUAACCAGGUCUAGCCAGGGCAUAACCAGGUCUAGCCAGGACAUAACCAGGUCUAGCCAGGGCAAAACCAGGUCUAGCCAGGGCAUAACCAGGUCUAGCCAGGAUAUAACCAGGUCUAGCCAGGAUAUAACCAGGUCUAGCCAGGAUAUAACCAGGUCUAGCCAGGAUAUAACCAGGUCUAGCCAGGAUAUAACCAGGUCUAGCCGGAUAUAACCAGGUCUAGCCAGGACAUAACCAGGUCUAGUCAGGGCAUAACAAGGUCUAGCCAGGAUAUAACCAGGUCUAGCCAGGAUAUAACCAGGUCUAGCCGGAUAUAACCAGGUCUAGCCAGGACAUAACCAGGUCUAGUCAGGGCAUAACAAGGUCUAGUCAGGACAUAACCAGGUCUAGCCAGGACAUAACCAGGUCUAGUCAGGGCAUAACAAGGUCUAGUCAGGGCAUAACAAGGUCUAGCCAGGACAUAACCAGGUCUAGCCAGGACAUAACCAGGUCUAGCCAGGACAUAACCAGGUCUAGCCAGGACAUAACCAGGUCUAGCCAGGAUAUAACCAGGUCUAGCCAGGAUAUAACCAGGUCUAGCCAGGACAUAACCAGGUCUAGCCAGGACAUAACCAGGUCUAGUCAGGGCAUAACAAGGUCUAGUCAGGACAUAACCAGGUCUAGUCAGGGCAUAACAAGGUCUAGUCAGGGUAUAACCAGGUCUAGUCAGGGCAUAUUACAAACCAUUUGUUUUGUAUCUUAUUAUAUUACAAACCAUGUAGAUUCAGCUUUAUGUUUGGUUGCUUUUAAGCUUGCCUUUUCUAAACCAUUGCAAGCAGUUAUAUAUCCUCCUGUUUGUUUGUUCCAUUUCUUUCCCCUCUCAGCAUUCACCACAUGUUAAACUGCCAAGAUUGUCUAUUUUAUACAAAUGUGAAACAUGCCUUUUUCUACAUUUUAGGGUUGGAAGAUUCCUGAUUUUAUGAAGGAACAGAAAGGAAAUCUGGGAAUCCUUCAACCAGGAAUUUGGGGAAAUUAUUCAGAAAUGUGCAACCCAACUACAUAGCAGUCAUGUCAGGAGUUGAAUGUUUACAUCUACUGUAAAUAAAGAUUAAAUGUUACUAGCUA